GUUGAUGUAUUCAUGUAGCUGGUGCAUGUAGCCAAGUUCAAGUCUCAGUUAGUUGAGUUUCUCUACCUUUGUCGUAAUAAAGUCUCGUCCGUUACGUCCAUCCGCGGAGUGAGAUUGUUAAAUUAUUCCUGACUUGGUACAUAUAUUUAUCUCAAUCUAUAUCUAUAUCUGUCUCUUUACACUCAAUAAUAUAGACAACAGUUUUAAAAAUAAAUUAUUUAAAUUUAAAUAGUGUGUGUUGUAUUUUAGUGGCGUUUGUGUAAACUAUUUAUUAGCUUUCUGUGUCUCGGUGGUCCUGCCGAAUAAUUCAAUAAUCGGCUGAACAGACAGAGAUCAUGGUAGACUAUUAUAAAGUUCUUGAAUUAACGCAGGCGGCCACGGCUGUUGAUAUUAAAAAAUCAUACCGCAAAUUAGCUCUCAAAUGGCAUCCGGACAAGAAUCCCGACAAUCUUGAAGAGUCGACGAAAAAGUUUAAAGAAAUAUCAGAGGCUUACGAAGUAUUGAUUGACGAGAAAAAGAGAAAAAUUUAUGAUCAGUAUGGAAAAGAAGGCCUGCAAAUUCCUGGAAACAAACGUAGACAUGACGAUGACUAUAAUCCGGUCUUCAAUGAAUGGUUUGUCUUCAGAGAUCCUGAAGAUGUUUUCCGAGAAUUUUUCCAAGGUUCAGCGUUCGACGAUUUAUUUGAUAUGUUAAAUGGAGGCAGUGGUCGUCGUGGAGGCCAAAGACACGGGCAUGGACAUCCAAGACAAAAUAGUUUACAUUCACCUUUCGGUACACUCGAUCUUAGUCUUUCUUCGCCUUUUGGAUUUUUUGGCUCCGGUGCCGAUUGUUUCUCUUCGUUCAGUAGUUUCUCAAACGGAGCACCUCUUUCCGGCUCUAGUGUACGAAAAACCAGUACUUCAACGCGAUUUGUAAAUGGAAAAAAAAUUACAACUCACAAGAUCGUCGAAGGUGGAAAAGAGACCAUAACAUUUUAUGAAAAUGACGUUAUAAAAUCUAGAACCGUCAAUGGUGUUCCUCAAUCAAUAACGUUGAAUGAAGCAUCGACGAGUCGUCAAGUGAAUGACAAAACCGUCGACACAUCAUCAACGGGAAACAAUACUACCGUUCGCGGUAGCCCCAGUGCUAAAAUACCGCAUACCGAGAACUUGAAUAGGGUAAAAAAUCAUUAUCAUCAUCCGCACACAAGUAUCAAGCACGAAAAAAGUAAACGAAAGUGAUAGUAAACGUUUAAAAUAAAUAAACAGUUGAUUUGGUUAUUAUGACCUGUCACACUUUGACUAAUUAAUUUUUUUUUUAUUUUUUAUUUUACAUUAAUUAAUAAAUUAAGUAGCUGUUAUUUUAUAAAAAAUCAUCUCUUACCCUCUUUCUUUCAUUACCAUCGGCUCAUUGUUUAUUUUGUUACGUUAAAUAUAUAUUUUUAGCUUUUAAAUUACACUCACACUUUAUAGCGACACUGUGACUGCAUUGAAUAAAAUUAAAAGUAAUAUUAAUUAUCCCGUGUAAACUUCUGAGCCGACUCAUCAUUUAUAAUUAUUUAGUAACUUUAUUUAUUCAUCGCAAUGAUUAAUAUUAUUAUUAAUAUUAUAAUAUUGAUUUGCAUACAAAAUGAUUCGGUGGAUUUAUUUAAUGUAUUAAAGUAUGUCUAGUUUGUUAAAGUUAUCGUUGUUGAUAUUAAUUUUCGAAUAGUAAAUUAUUUUUAACAACAACUUAACGACAAAGUGAAAGCAUCAGUUGAUAUGGAACCGAAUCUAUUUAUUUAUAAGACACUAUAUAUUUGCUACGCUAUUUUAAUUAGAUGUCUGUAUUCACAUAGAUAGAAAUUAAUUAUUAAGUUUAAUAUUAUCACAAUGAUAAUUAUAGUUAUUAUUAUUAAUUAAUAAAUUAAUGUUAUUAAAAAAUAAAUAACUGGGAAAUUAUUCAGUUGAUGAUAAAAAUGUUGUCUGAAAAUAUAGUCUGAUAUUGAUUUUAUCGAUUGAUUUUCAAGUAAUUAUUCAUUGUAAUAUCAUCAUGCUGUAGUCAAAUUUACUUUUUAAUUAUUAUUAUUAUUAUUAUUAUUAUUAUUAUUAUUAUUAAUUAUCUAUGUGUAUAUAAAGAUAAGACAAUUUAAGUUUAAGAUUAAAAAAAAAUACACUUCAUGAUAUAAU